ACCCAACAUUUGGGCUUGACCCAAAUUUGGGUUAAAACAACCCAGAAUCGUUUAGAGAGUGUUAUUUUUUUCAGUGCUUAUCGGGAUUGGCUUAACAUGGAUUUUAUAGGUAUUGUUGGACUUGGUAGCAAUCAUAAAUCGAUUAUACCUGUGCCUGAAGUAUAAUAGAAACGUCCUGAUGUGAAUGUGGCAAGGAAAAGCAAGAUUUCUUCCCUUGCUGUAGAUGGCACUCAAUCACAGAUUAAAUAGAUUAUUAUUUUCUCUGCGCUGUCCUGUCCUUUACGCCAUUGUUGACCGAUGUCGAAAGUUUCCGGAUAGGUAUAGCUGUGAUAAUGUAAGCAGUGAGCAAGAUGAACACGGCGCUGAAACACUGGAGAGAGGCGGCGACGGUGAUCCUGGCGGCCGGGCUGAGACACACUUCAACUGCGGACUCUCUUAAAGCAGGUCUGGGAAAAGUCACUGAUAUUGCACACAAAUCUGCCUUCGACUAUCAAGUGCUGCUGCUGAAACGGAGCGGUUGCAGCGGGUUCAUGCUCAAUGCCUACGUGUUUCCCGGGGGGCUGGUGGAAUCGUCUGACUUCUCCAGCGAGUGGCAGGAGAUCUUUAAAGCCUUUACCGAAGCGCCCAACUACGGCAUCGGAGUUGUGAAGCAGCCACCGGCGAGCAGGCCACCCAUUUUCGCCACUGACAGAUCUCAGCUGGGAUCUCCGAUACCGGGAGAUGUGGCUUUCAGGAUCUGGGCGGUGAGAGAGACGUUUGAGGAGUCAGGUGUGCUCCUGGCGGUUCCCAAACACGAGGAAAGCGGGAUUUGCGUGCACACGGAUGAUAACAGUGACAGCCAGCCAACACUGACCAGAUUGACCGGACUGUGGAGUAAAGACGUGCUGUCUAAGUGGAGAUCUCAGGUUAUUGAUAACCCGGCGAAUUUUUUCAAGAUUUGCCGGGAGUUGCUAGGAGUUGCAGUGUCUGCCCCCAACAUCUGGGCUUUGCAUGAAUGGGGGAACUGGUUGACACCCAUAGGCGUGUACGGCAAACAGAGGCGGUACGACACUGCACUUUACAUCUGCUGCCUACACGAGAUUCCAUACAUGCUUCACGACCAGAAGGAAAUCGUUCAUUUUAAGUGGUCCACUCCCUCAGAAGUGCUGCACAGCUACAAAUCAAAGGAAAUCUGGAUAGCUCCACCUCAGUACUACGACCUUGGACGCAUGUGGCAUUUCCCAGCUCUCGGAGAUCUCCAUCGCUUUGCCUGGCAGAGGUCUUUAGAAGGAUGUGAGCAGUGGCUGCCUAUUUACCUGGUGUCACCUGACUGCCAUGCAAGUCUUUCACCAUGCAAGUCUUUCGUCUUUCACCAGGCUGACUGCACAAAGUUAAAACUGAACUGUUGACCCUGUGAAGGAUGGAUGAGGAUCU